GGUUUUAGAUGAGCUGAACUGCAACUACUUGUGACCGAGUGAAACCGAAAGAGUGCAAAACCUAAACCUCAGUUAUUUAGAUACAGUAGCAGUCUGGUCAGCUGCUUACUCCUAAUCAGUCCUACAUUUUUUAACAGCAGCUUAUUUUACAGCUACUUUCGCACUGUGUAACAAAAUGGCUGGUGUCUUGAUUGUACUUAUAAAUUUGAUCUUUUCUGUAUCAGCUUCCAUAUGCAUAGAGAAACAGGUGGAAACGACCGGAGUUGAAGAUCAGGCUACAAUUCUCUUCUGUGAAUCAGACCUGGACAAUGAAAGCUCAACAUUUACUUGGACUAAAGAUAACCAUACAUUAGAACCAAGCUCACGGAUUACAAUGCAAGGCCAGAUAUUGUGGCUUUUAAACACUACCUCAUCUGACGGUGGCCUUUACGUAUGUCGAAGCACCAACUCAACUUUCAGUACGGAAACUCGAGUGUUCCUGUCUGUUGAAGCCGGACCUUGUCUGAGUCUCUAUGACAUAGACGUGACACAGGAGAAAAACAAUAUCAGCCUUUCCUGUUCUGAAGAACGCAUUCCUGUUCUGGGCCAGAGAUUGGAAGUGCAGUGGUGGAAGGACUGCAAGUCAACAGGCUUACGGGGCAGUGAGUUAAAUCUUUUUAACGUAUCCAUGAGCAGCAAAGGCAACUACACUUGUCUGGUCAUAUUUAGACAUGAAGACAAAAACUACACAACAUCACUUACCUAUCAGCUCAUAGUGAAAAAGAAAGAGACUGUGAAGGAGCCCCGAGUAAUCCAACCUCGUAACAAAACUCUAUAUGUCAAGCCAGGUGUAGAGAUCAAAUUGGAGUGCAAUGUGUUCAUUGGUAUUGGAGAGGAAUCCCAGCAAGAAACGUCGGUAUACUGGAUAAUAAAUAACUCUUACAUUGAUAUAUACCCCGAUCUUCAGCAGAACCUGACCAUAGAGAUGAGAGAGAAUUCUUGGAUAUAUGGUCGUUUAACAUUGCUCAUUCCUGAAAUUUUGCCUGAAUUCUUCGGCAUACCUUUUCACUGCGUCAUAUUAAAUCCCGUCGGGGGAGACCAAGGCCAGCUGUGGCUCAGCCGAGAUGAUUAUACCAACCACGCAUGGCUGAUUACUGUCGUGCUCCUCGUAUUAGCAGCUGUUUUAAGUGCCGUCCUACUGAAUUUCUUUAAAAUAGACUUAAUUCUAGCUUACCGUCAUCUUUGUGGCAAAGACAAAACCAUUCAAGAAGGGAAUCGAUACAAUGCAUGUGUGUUGUAUUUCCCUGGUCCUGGUUCCUCUACAGCAGAGGACUUUGCUCUGAGGAUCUUACCGUCCAUGUUAGAGCAGCAGCAUAACCUCAGACUGUUCAUACAAGGUCGUGACACAGACACAGGGGGGAAUAUUGCCAGCAUGACUGAGGUGCUGAGCCGGAGCCAGGUGGUGAUGCUCAUCCUUCCAGGCAAUAAUGAAGAUGAUACUUUGAUUCCAAUAAGUAAAGACCAAAACAGGCUCGAAGACUCGCAACUCUCAGUCUUUUUGUCGGACAUUACUCACUUCGGUGUCCCGCUCCUUCUGGUGGAGUGUGAGGACGAUGCUGAUUAUUCAUUGCUGCCAGAGUCUAUACAGUCCAGCAUUAAAAAGGACAGAGUGCUGAAGUGGAAGUCAGCAGUGGAACCCAAUGGUCCUUUCUGGAAGAAGCUCAGAUAUCACAUGACCUGAGAAACCGUCUCUGUAUAACAUCAUUCAAUAAUAAUGGAAGAAAAAAAGAAAUUUUAUAUCAUGUUUAUAUACUCUACCUUUACUUAAACUAUGUAUUACCUUUUCAUUUGUUUUUGUUUUUCAUCUCAUUAACAUUUGCAUUGCUACUGUAGUAUUAUACACUUUAUUCUUUACACAGAUACUCUAUCAUAAUACAGGUAUCAUACUAUACAGUCAUCGCUACUGAUCAGAAUCUAGACAAUGAGCACAAAAUGCAACAAGAUGCUUUAGUUUUGCUUCCUUUUUCCAUUUUCUGUCCAGAUUGUCAGAGCUCUGUUGCGUUACAUUAAACACAUCGAUUAUUUCAACAGCACAGAUCUCUAAUGUUUGGUCCCUUCUUUUAAAAAGGCUAUCACAGGCGGACAUACAGAUGCAGCUGAACACUGAUGAGAGAUUUUGGUUUAGGGUUACUAAAUGUUUACAUCAGAGAUCCGACUAUUACUGAGUGGUGCAUCUUAAUCGACGCCGUAGUUCCCUAGUUCGUGAACAAGUAUGUUGUGUUCACAAGUUUUAGACAGGGAGUUGAUAGAGACACACUAGGGAUCUCACUCAUUCAGGGUUAAAGAGUCACUUGUGUCAAAGUCAAAUAUUGAUUUGUUCAGAAUAAAAUAUGAUUUGGAAAAUA